AUGUCGCUACGUAUGCUUCAGAAGAAGGUUGGUGCAACACCAUCCGAGACGUCAGCUGAAGCAAAAGCCGCAGUCCAGCCAGGGGGGCGCAAACCUGGACAGGGAGGAGGAGGCUACUACUCUUCCACGGGUGAUGCGCCACAAAGCGGAGGUGGAAGCUACUAUGACACACACAAAGCCACAGGUGGUGCUGCUGGUGGAUCUUCAACCAUGUCAUCAGGCUACGUUGCUUCUCCUGGAGUUCGUGGCGGUUUUCAUGGCAGUGAUGCACAGAGAGCACAUGUGGAGGCAAUGCGUCGUUCAGUCGAGGAAUCUGCGCCAGCAAGUAUGCCCGUGCAGGACGUUGCUGUGCGGUCGCACCUAGGGCUUAAUGCUCUGAAGGAGAGAAAGCAGAAAGAGGAGGAGGAAAAGCAAGCAAAACGAGAGGCAGCCCGAGCGAAGCGACGCUCGGAAGCCACUCAGCAAGAAGUCGCUGACGAGCAGGCGCUGGCUGAAUGUGAAGCACAAGCGUGGCAAGACAGUGAAAGCAAUGAGCGAGUCAAGUAUGAAGCUGCUCUGGUGGUCCGAAUUGCUAUCCGAUUUGGAAGUGCAUCAGUUUGGACCAAGAUUGCGGAAGCGCGUGCAAGAGGUUCUGAACUGCCCUUGGAUCCACGUAGAAUCUAUUUGUUGGCACACCCUGACAAGUGCCCCUUGCCAGAAGCGGCGGAUGCCACAGCGAUCUUGAAUGCACAACGUCCUCCAGAGAUGACAGAGGCACGUCCACGAGCUGUACCAAAGGCUACUGCGAAAGCACCGCCUGCAGCGGCCCCUCCAAAGGCUGAGGCUAUGCCGGAAGCGGAUGUGGAGGAGGCUGUGCCGGUCGCCCAGAGGAUUCGUUUGUGCCGGUCGCCCUUGGAAUGUUUUCAGGUGGGCGAAGAAGUUCGUUUGGAUCCAGAGAGUGGAAAGGACUGCUGCACACCAUGGUGCAUUCUUUUGGCUGCUUGGCUCCAGCAGAAACUCCAGCUCCCAGUACAGCGGCGGGACAUGCUGGAAGCGGAGCACCGGAGGUUGGGAAGCAAUGCAGGAGGCUCUUGCGGCUGUGCCCCCCAAACGAAUGGAGGCGGAGCCUGCGGAGCCUCCGGAGCCUGCGGUUCCGGAGCUUGCGGAGCUGGGGCCAAUGUGAUGACAGGGAUUUGGAACCUACCGCAUCGUGGGGUCGCGGUCUUCCGUGAAUCGCCCAGUCAAGCUCCGGCGUUCUGCAGUCAUUUGUCAGAGGAACUGCACAAGUAUGCAUUUGGCACUGUUCGUUUCGAGAAUAUCGACGUUUCCAGCGUGAGUUGGGCAGAGGGCCAUUUAUCUGAGCUGUUUGUCACCUUAAGACAAGCUGGGGCAACAUCGCAGAGAAUCAAGGCGUACAAAUGUGGAGCCAAGGAUGCCAGUAUUUGGAGCCUUUGCGAAUGGCUCGUGUGCACAGAAGCAUCCAAGCUUCCACAAGAGAUCCAUUUGUCGCACAAUGAGCUGACCACAGCAUCUUUUCAGGCUUUGGUCACAGUUCUGGAGGUGAAGAGCUUACGACACCGACCAAGCUAUCCCUACUGGAUUCGGAUCGAGGGGAAUCGAGUCUCCCUGGACGUCAUCAAUGAACUGUCCAGGGUGGGGAAAGCUUGCUUGGCCGUUGGCAAAUGUGCGACCCGUGGCUGCGAACUGAUGCAGCAGGGGCAGACUUUGACGCCCGCAUUACUGCACCUGCGCUUUGGAGGCAACCAGCGGCCGGCACCGACGACUGUGGCCACCUUCCCUUCUGUCGUGAGUUCGAUGAGUGGUGUUGCUCCACAGGCUCCGGUGCUCAGGGCCACUGGGUGGGGCUCGGGCUCCGGGGAAGGGCCGGGGGAAUCAUUGGCUCCAUCUGCUCCAGAGAACCCUUCUGCGCUGCUGUCAAAGAUCCGGAUUGCCACGGACAUGAUGAAAGAACUAGAGGCAGCCAGUGGAGAACCCACGCGAUCUUUGGCAGAGAAUGCCGCUCAAUGCGCUCAAGAGGAGCUGUUGGAGGCAGCCCACCUGGCCUCCAUGGCAGCGAAGACUGCAUGGCAGGUGACGGUCCAAAAUGGGACAGCCGAAAUGCAGUGGCAGCACAUGCAGGCGAACAUGCAGCAGCAGCAACAGCAGCAGCAGUACCAACAGCAGCAGCAACAACAGCAGCAGCAGCAGCAGUACCAACAGCAGCAGCAGCAGCAGCAGCAGUACCAACAGCAGCAGCAGUACCAGCAGCAGCUUUGGCAGCAGCAAAUGCAGCAGCAGCAAAUGCAGCAGCAGAUGCUUCAAGCCCAGCAGUGGCAAGCGGAGUUUCAAGCCCAGCAGAUGCAAUGGCAGCAGCUUCAGGCACAGGAACAAGCCCAACAACAGCAAGCGCAACAAGCGCAGCAAACGCAACAAGCGCAGCAAACGCAACACGUGCAACAAGCGCAGCAAGCGCAACAAGCGCAGCAAGCGCAACAAGCGCAGCCGCAAGCGCAGCAGAUUCAAGCCGACGAGCAAAGCCUCAACCACCAGGUGCCGGAUGUCUCCAUAUCUGCAGAGGAAGCUUCUGAUGUUGUCAACAGGACAAUCAACAGGGCGAAGGCCAAGUUGGCUGCUGCAGAAAUUGAGGCACGGAUGAAGGAGAACCAAGAGCCCCCAAAGGAGCCCCCAAAGGAGUCUCCGGAGGAAUCCAAAAAGGCGAUCCCGGAGCCCAAGAAAGGACAGAACGAGGGACCGGAUGUAAAGGAGUCCAAAGAUGGUCCUCCGCGGCGCACUUCAGCCAAAGAGUCGACCUCCGAGCCCAGGCGACCAGAUUGGGACUCGGAUGUCAAAGACCAUUGUAUGAAGUCUCUUGUAACUCAUUGUAACUAAUAGCUUCUUGUUACUACUAGUAAGGCACUUGUUACUAGAAGCGAUGCACUUGUUCCUAGUAGCUUAUUGGACACGACUGGGUGAGCAGGGACAGAGAAGGCUCAGAUGGCUCAGAUGGGUCAGCAUUCUGCCGCACGGUUUCCCGCACGACGUCACGAAGUGCUGCCCUGGUUUCGCACCAAAGAGUCCAUACUGGGCUCGGUGUUGCACGCAGUGGAUACCCCAGCUCUUGCUCAGGGACAGACAUUGAGCAAUCCACUUUUGGUCGCACUUUGACACUUCCCUUGAAUCCGAUCCGGUUGUCA